AUGGCGGGUAUUCAUAGCCAUCAGGCGAUGCAUACUGAUUCUUAUGGUUUUUUGGGUUCCUUUGAGGAACCGCCUAGCGAUGAGCAUCGUGCAGCCAGAUAUGGUACAAGAAUGAAUCCUAAGUAUAAUAUUGUCGAACUUGAAAUGAGUAAAAGAUACCGACCAUUUGAUCCAUUCAUUCUAGCAAAUAAUGUUAGACAAGUGUAUUAUAUCCCUUAUCCAACAUUUCGGAGCAUCGACAAAAGUGUUGAAGGUGUAUCUACAUUGCACGACUUUCAUAGUGCUCAUGAAGAAUUGGAAGGAGAAAUGCAAGAAGAAGAUGAAGAAAAUCUGGACAACCAAGAAGAAGGAGAAGAAGAAGAAGAAGAUGAUGAUCAUGAUCAUGAUCAUGAAGAUGACGGCGACGACUAUGUGGAUCAUUACAAAAAUGAUGACAACGAGGAUGAUGACGAUUGA